AUGAACAAACUCAAAGAAAUUCAAUCAAUUACAGAUAAACAAAUUCAACAAGAUGAACUUAUGAAAUAUUUAUACGAUCUGAACCUACAAGGUGAUGCAUCAAUAUAUCGACUUUGCUACCAAAUCAAUGGCCACAUUGAAUUCUUAUUACGACUUAGCAAAGGACAAGAUCCUCAUUCUUUGUUUUUAAUAUCUCAGCAGAGCGGAAGAACAUUUUUAAAACAAGGAACUAGAGGUUUUCUUGCCGAACAAGCAGCUAAAUCAACAGAAUUAAUUUCGACAUUAAUUUCCCAACCAAAUACACCUCUUUAUUCUAUAAGCAGACUUUUUGAUCAGGGGUUUGAUCCAGAAAUGCGAACCAGAGUACUUUGUCAAUUAGCAAAUGAUGAAAAUGUCUCAAUAAGUGAGCUUAAAGUUCUAUUAAUACAAGAAGCAUAUAUUGUACAACAAUUACUUCAGUCUAGAUCGCAGCCAAACGAACAACUUAGAAUUUCAAUUGAAAAUGAACUUGAAUUAAAAUAUCAAUCUAAAAUUGCUCAAUUACAGCAGAAAAUUUCAGAAUUAUCAAACCAAUAUUCUCUUAACAACACUUCUAAUUUGCGAGAAAUACUUGAAGAUAACAUCAGAGCAGAAUAUGAAUUAAAAUUAACUGAAGAAAGAGAAAAAAUACGAUUACAACUCCAAGCCGAAUACAAGCCAGUCAGAACUAAUACAAGUCCUGUUGAUACUUCUGAUUCAAAGCUUAUUCGUGAACUUAAAACUCAAAUUACAAAUGAAAUCAGAAACCAAGUCAUAGAUGAUGUAAGAAAGGAUGUCUGGCUCGAAGCCGAAUUCCAUUUCAGACCAAUCAUCAAGAAGGAACUUGAGCAAAAACUUCGAGAAAGAAUAAAAGAUGAACUUGAAUUUCAAAUCAGAGAAAAAUUGAGUGUAGAAAUAGAACAGAACUUAAGAAGACAAAUAACUUUGGAAGUUCGUCAAUCUGAAACUGAAAAGAUUCGUCAAGAAUUAACAAAAACAUUGACAGAAGAAAUUUCUUCAAAAUUAAAGCAGAAGAUUCAAAAUGACAUGAACUAUCAGUUGCAACUUCAACUGAAUGAUAAUGAAAUUAGAAUCAGAAGAGAAAUAGAACAGAAAAUUAGAGAAACUUUGACAAAAGAAUAUAAUGAAAGAAUGAAUGACAAGAUUGAGCAUGAAAUUAAGCCAGCACUUCAAACUCAACUUACUGUUACACUUCAAAGAGAAAUUAGACAAAAACUCUCUCAACAAAUCCGAGAUUCUGUAAUUGAAGAUGUCAGAAUACAAAUUGAGGAAGAAAACAGAAGGAAUGGUAAUAACAGCUCUAAUAUAUUAAGAAUAAAAGAAGAAUUGCAACAAAAAAUGGACCAAGAAAAUAAAAUUAAAUUACAAAUGCUCGAAAAUGAUUUAAGAAGACAGAUUUACGAUGAAACCAAGCAAAAAUUGAUAAAUGAGUUCUCAAAUUCAACAGAAAUUGAUUCAGAAUUUCAUGAUCUGAAACAAGCAUUUAGAAAUGCUUUGGAGAAGGAAAUUAGAAUAAACAUUGCAUCAGAAAAUGUUUCUUCACCAAUUUCAGUUGAAAAAGAAAAUAAAAUUAGAAAUCAAAUUUAUCAGCAAAUUUAUGAUGAAUCGAUCGAAAGAAUUACAAGAGAAGUAGAAAACAGAUAUAAAAGAAGAAAUUAUUUUGAUUCUAUUUCUGAUUCUCCCAAUUCUUCAAAUUCAUCAGCAAAAACUGAUACAGAAUUGCUACGUAAGAAGAUUGAGAUGGAGAAUGAGAUGAGGAAGCAACUUGAAUUCGAGCUGAGAAUGAAGAUUGAAAACGAAUUACGAGAAAAAAUUGAAAAUGAAAUUAAAUUUAAAUACGAAACAUCAUUUGUUCCUCAUGAAAAUCAGAGAAGAAUGAAAACAGAGCUAAGACAAAUAGUUAUUGACGAGAUUCGUAAUGAAUUCAUGAGUGAAUCAACAAAUAACAAAGAUUUAAUCAAACUUAAAAAUGAUAUCAUUUCAUUCUUGACGCCAACCAUCGAGAAAGAGUUUAGACAAUCAUAUCUCGAGAUAGAUGAAGAAACAGAGAAAAUAACUACGAAUUCUUAUUCUCCAAAUACUCUGAAAAACAUUAAAAAACAAGUCAAAAAUGAAAUAAAAGAAAAGUAUUUAUCAGUUUUGAGAAAAGAUGUUGAAGCUGAUUUCUCGAAUUGCAAAUCUAUCUUUGACUUAGUCUGCAAAGCAUUGGCUGUAUCUAAUAUUACAUUUUCUGUUUCUUCUUUCUUCGAAGUCACUGAGCAACUUGCGAAAGAAAACAUAGAAAUUAGAGAAAAUUUCAAUGUUGAUGAGAAACCAUUGAUUUUCUUCAUUGAAAACCUUGUUAAGAUUUUAGAUGAUGAUGACAUAUAUAAGACACAUACAAGAUCAUUGUUGACACGUCAGAGCAGGCAAAUAUCAGAUGCAAGAUCAGAAAAUUGUGCAAGAGCUUGGUUAAACUGGGCAAGGAAAUUAUAUGUUUCAUUGACUGGACAGAGCUUUACAUCUGAAAGUAUAACUGAACUCAGACUCGCAAUUGAAGAAAAGCAAGCAAGAAUUGUUGCUGAAAAUGCUUUGUCAAAGCAAAAGUUAAGUUAUUCUUCAUAA